AUGUGGAUUGUUUUUCGUGCUUUGUACAAGCUACAGAACGAUAGAGCAGAGUGUGCGCGGGGCUGGAGCCCUUCCACGACUCACCUUUACGCGGAGUCCCUCCUACAGCUCCGGUUCUCUGAGCGGGCCGCGGUUCCACCGCCAGACAUCCCACCGGAGCUUCGCAAUACGGCGGCUCGACACGUACGCCGCAAAAGGGGAAGACGAGGAGGUGUCCACCGGAGAUUGAAGCGCUUGUGCCUCCAGGACCGCCGACGGAUGCCCGCGCUCCCAUCCAUCCUGCUUGGGAACGCGCAAUCUCUCCGUAACAAGCUGGACGAGCUGGAAGCUUGGGCCACGGUGAGACAGGAGAUCACCAAUGCCUGUCUUCUCGUCUUUACGGAGUCUUGGCUUACGGACACCGAUCGAGAUGAGGAUCUCUCGGUGAGGGGCUUUGGAGCUCCAUACAGACUGGACCGGGACCAGGAAAUCACCGGGAAGUCGCGGGGAGGAGGAGUGUGCCUCUACGUGAACGAAAGGUACUGUAAAACCGUCGUUGUGCGGGAGAAGAUCUGCACUCCUCAUGUUGAACUGUUGUCGCUGUCUCUUCGGCCCUUUUAUUUGCCGCAUUCCAUCGCUGUGGAAAACGUCAACAGUGAUACCUCUUCCCAAAUCCAAGAACUCAAAGGAUUUGAGUGA